GUGUUCUCUUUUAAAAAUGAAACUGGCAAUUGUAUCCUCGAUUACUUUAGCCGUGCUACUGUGCAUGGCUGAGGCUCAAGUCCCGGGGCCUCCGCCCGAUGCCAUGGGAGCCGCACAGGGCGGAAUGUCAGCAGUAGCAGGGGCCGGCGGUCAAGUUGGAGCGCAGGGCGGUGCAAGCGCUGAUAUGGCAGAGGGCGGGCCUGGAGCUGGGAUGUCAGCUGGCAUUGGAGCGGGAUCCGAAGUGGGCGCCAACGCCCAAGGUGGAGCUGGAGCUGGUGCUGGACGAUAGCGGGCAGGCGGCACUUGUGUUGGAAAUUUCAGACUUCCUCGUUGUAUGCUUAGGCUCCUUCGCUCU